CCAUCCUGCCAGUCCUGACCCAUUAGACGGGUUGUAAGAAAACAGGUGGGCAGGCGAGGGCCGGCUGUGGGCAUUUUACGCACGCAGCUGCGGGACGAGGCGGCCCAGGUCUCCUGAGCAGGCAGCGGACUCUCCCCCAGUGGGCCCCUUCCCGAGCUGCCUCUUCCCCUCCCCGUAAAACAAGAGAGACGGCACACAACUCCCUGCAAAGAGAAAGCUAGCACCCGCCCAGGAAAGAAGGCCUGGCUCGCGAGCAUUCAAACAACCGCAGGGCGCUUUGCAAACUGCCCAGCCGCCGCUGUCGGAAGCGGGCCAGCCUAUUCCGGCGCGCAACGAGACGCAGCGCGGCGGACUCCUCGGGAGGGCGCGGAAGGGCGUGCACGGGCAAGCGCUCUCUCGAGCCGCAGGCGCCUUCAGUGCCGCCCCUUUGCCCGCCCUCUUGCUCGCUCCCUGGCCUGCCUGCCUGCCUGCGUGCUUGCUGCAAGAAGCGAGGAUGCCGCCGAGCGCCAGCCUCACCCCGCAGGUGCAUUGGGCGCAGCGGCACCACCAGCUCUACCUGCGCGUGGAACUCAGCGACGUCCAGAGUCCUGACAUCACAAUUAAGGAUAAUGUGCUCCAUUUCAAAGCUCAAGGCCAUGGCGCGAAGGGAGACAACGUGUACCAAUUUCAAAUUGAGUUCCUCUCACCAGUGGAGCCACAGCCAGCAUAUAAAAUGACCCAGAGGCAGCUGAACAUCACGGUGAUGAAAAAGGAGAGCCAGUGGUGGGAGCGGCUGACCAAGCAGGAGAAGCGGCCGCUUUUUCUUGCUCCUGAUUUUGAUCGCUGGCUGGAUGAGUCAGAUGCAGAGAUGGAGCUGAAAGCCAAGGUGGAAGAAAGGAUUAACAAAAUCAACAUAGAGAACCGGAUUCCCAAAGACCCUUUCCGGCACUUGAAGAGAGGCUACUUGUUCAUGUACAACCUCGUGCAGUUCCUGGGCUUCUCUUGGAUCUUUGUGAACAUGACGGUUCGGCUCUUCAUGCUGGGGAAAGACUCUUUCUUCGAUACUUUCCACACAACUGGGGACAUGAUGUACUUCUGCCAGCGGCUGGCAUUCGUGGAGAUUGUGAACGUCUUGAUUGGUCUGGUCCGAACACCUCUUGCCCCUGUCUUGCUCCAGACCUGCGGGAGGAAUUUUGUCUUGUUCAUUGUCCUCGGAGGUACGGAGGAGAUGCAGAACAAAGCAGUGGUCUUCUUCAUCUUCUACAUUUGGACCAUGAUUGAGAUAUUCAGGUAUCCGUUCUACAUACUCGUCUGCAUUGAUAUAGAAUGGAAGAUUCUGACCUGGAUUCGAUACAGUAUCUGGAUACCCCUCUACCCUCUGGGGGUCUUAGCAGAAGCUGUCUCUCUGAUCCAGGCUAUUCCAGUCUUCAGCAGCACCGGGAGAUUUAGCUUCACGGUGCCCUACCCGCUGAACAUCACCGUUCCGUUUUCAGUUGUUCUUCAACUUUACCUUGUGUUGCUGUUUCUAGGGGUAUUUGUGAAUUUCCGCCAUCUCUACAAGCAACGGAAGAGGCACCUUGGGCCAAAAAAGAGGAAAGUGCACUAGGGCCCCAAUCCAGGAGUUGUUUCUCCUCUUCUUCCUAAUCUAUCUUGAAGGCGCUCUCAUUCCUAACGGUUUUACUUACCCUGUUUAUCUGAAAACCAAUUUUGUACAGUUGUACCACCAGGCAUCUCCUUUCCAACACACACACACACACACACACACACACACAAACAUUUUAGCUAAGUAACAUUAUUAUUCCACCUUGCCACCACCUGGGUCCAGCUAAAUGCAGCGGCUCCUCAGUCAACCUAAAGACUGAACAAUAGUCCUAGAACUUGUCUCCUGGGGCGCAUAGGGAAAUAAAAUGGAACCCUUGGCGAGAACGAAAUUUCCUUCUGUGUGGGAGAAAAACAACAAUCAGCUGGCUGAGAUCAUGUGUGGAGGCAAGAGCUUUUCCCAAGCAAAUUACUGUUUUUUAAAAUAUCAAAACCUUUGGAACCACCCCUGAGCAGAGUAGUAGUUUGGUCGCCAUUCAUUAGUGAGGCUUACAAGCCGAGCCCUGACCUUCAGAAUCCUUAAUCUUGGCAGAAGCGGUGAGCUGGUGUUGUUGAGGUCUAAUCCCCCACAAUCUUUUCCCUGCACGGAAAUGGCUAGCUGUGAAGUAAGACAGGCUCUUUCUGCUCUCUAGCUGUCUGAGUUGCUAAUUGUAUUCUCUUACUAGAUUGGUAAGAGACCUGUGGCCCUCCAGAAGUCGCAGGGAUACAACUCCCAUCAUCUGCACUGGCCGUGCUGGCAAGGAGGGAAUUGGAGUCCAACAACUUCCAAAGGGCCGCAGGUUUCCCAUCCCUGUACCUAGAUUGAUUCUUCAUUACGCCCAUAUUCUAAGCCCCUUGACAAAGAAGGAAAUUCCAUUGAUCGCAAACCUCUUGCAGGAGGAUACCCUAUUGUUGAUAUAUAAUGGGGUUGCCUUGAUGAGACCGUCUCCAGCUCACCCCAUACACAUCUGCUUCUGGUGCAAGAGGCCUUUUGAAUUGGUCCACAUUCCUAGAGGCGCUUCAUCUUCUGAAGAAUCUAGGAAAGGGACCAUCCUUUGCCUUGUCUUGGGAGGGAAGGGUGGGUGGGUGAGAAGCAGUUAUCUAUCCAACAGUCUUUUAUGACCAGCUAGUCAUGUGCACAGACACCCUUCUCAGGGCUAUUUGGAGAUGACAAUUUCAUCUUAAUUUAUUCCACGUGUGUAAAUGAUUGGUUUUUGGGAUCCUGAGCUGCCAGCCCUCAGGCCCAUCUGCACUAUACUUUUAUAAAGCAGUUUCAUACCACUUCAAACAGUCACGGGCUUCCCCAAAGAAUCCUGGAAAUUGUAGUUCAUUAAAGUGCUGAGAGUUGUUAGGAGACCCGUUUGCCUCACAGAGCUACAAUUUCCAGAAUAAUUUAACAAGAUCCUUCUUCCCAGGGAACUCUGGCACUGUAGCUCUAAGAGGGGUCUCCUAGCAAUUCUCACCACUCUUCACAAACUACACUUCCCAGGAUUCUUUUGGGGGGGGGGAGGCAUGACUGUUUAAAGUGGCAUGAUACUGCUUUGAAUAUAUAGCCCAAAUGAGGCCUUAGUAUUAACACAACCUUUCGAUGGUAGCGCACACAGCCUUUCUGUUGCAGUUCCAUCUCUUAAAAUUAGUCUAGGGUGCAGGCACUUUGUCACGAAUCUGUAUUUGCUGGUCUUUCAGAUGGCAAAUAGAAUGUGUAUUUCUAAUAAUAAAGAUUUAAAAACUUC